AUGGCGACCAAGACCGUAUUCCGGCUUGCGCCUCGAGCCACACUGCGCUCACCAUAUACACCGCAGCCCCUGUGCCAGUGCAGGACCUUCUUCAGCCUGCCGUCCAACGAACCGCAGACUGUGACUGCGCACCGGACGCUGCCGUACGCCGCGGGUCCGCUGUACGAGCUUAUUGCCGACGUGGACGCGUACUCGCGGUUCCUGCCGUACUGCGAGACGUCGCGCGUGACAUCGUGGACGGAGCACCCGGACCCUCGGACAGGUCGCCGUUAUCCGACUGCUGGCACCCUGACCGCCGGCUGGAGCGGCCUCUCCGAGACGUACAGCAGUCGCGUCUUUUGCGUUCCCGAGCUCGGCAUCGUCGAGGCCAUUUCGGGCAACGCCGUCUCGUCUAUACCUCCCGCCACGCUGCUAAGAUACGGCCUGCGUGACCCGGGCCCCGGCAGGUCGAGUGGCUCCGUAGGCCAAGAGGGCACCUUUAGCAGUCUUGUCACGCGAUGGACAGUGCGACCUCUUGAGCGCAAGACGACUGGUCACGGAUUAGGACAUGGUCAAGGGCCGAGCGAGGAGUGGAGCCAAGUCGACCUCAGCAUCAGAUUUCAAUUUGUCAACCCACUGUUUGCUGCAGUGAGCUCAGCUGUAGCGGACAAAGUGGCUCCAAUAAUGGUGGAAGCUUUUGAAAAGGAGGCGCGGAGAGCACUGGGACGGACGCCCGGCCGACAAUAA